GCAGACUACUAGACCUGUGCCCUUGCUUGCCGAAACACACACACACACACACACACACACACACACACACACACACAGAGAGAGAGAGAGAGAGAGAGAGAGAGAGAGAGAGAGAGAGAGAUGUUGGAUGUGUGGAGUUCUGCUGUGGGAUGGUGGGACGAGUGGCAGCUGCGCAUCCUCGUCCUCGGCAGCCUCGGCAUUCAAUGGUUUCUGCUGGUGGCUGCCCCCAUGCGCAAGUACACCGUCCGGCGCUACUUCAGGCUAUGCAUACGGCUUGCAUACAUUAGCAGCGAUGCUCUGGCCAUCUAUGCGCUGGCUACCCUCUUCAACCGUCACGUCAGGGCGACCAGCGGCAGCAGUAGCUGUGAUGGCAUUGUGCACAACAAGGCGAAGAUCCUGGAGGUCCUAUGGGCUCCUGUCCUGCUCAUCCAUCUCGGCGGGCAGCAGGAGCUGACUGCCAACACCAUCGAAGACAACGAGCUGUGGGUAAAGCACACCGUGACCCUAGUGUCUCAGGUCGCGGUUGCCAUGUACGCCUUCUACAAGUCGUGGCCUAACUACAGCGACUGGAAGCUAUUGGCAUCAGCGAUCCUGCUCUUCGUCCUUGGGGUCGUCAGUUUCAGUGAGAAGCCAUGGGCCCUCAAGAAAGCCAGUAUUAAAAGAUUGACGUCUGUGUCAGCGCCGAUACAAGGAACAAAGAAGCGUACAAGAUUGGCGGUGUACUUGGACGAUCUUUUGUUCUCCGAUUGGUACAACUGCUUCACCACCAAGUCCGGCGACAAGAAGCAGCCGGAGCUGGCGGCGGGCGAGGAGUAUUUUGUGGACUUGUCGGAUGAAGAGAAAGCCUAUAUGGUGCUCUCGGAUAUGUCGCUGUCAGCUGCUGCCGAUGACCUUGUACAGCGAGGCAGAGCUCGAAAUGUGCAGGAUGUUCUUCGGCCUCUGAGCACCAAGGCGGAAAACGAUAUGAAGCGCUGGCUGCGUGGUGCGUAUGGGCUCAUAUAUACCAGAGGUAAUUUGGUUUUCACUGGCCCAUACCUGGUUUACCAUGUGCUGGUGGUGCCGAUCCUGCACAUCGCCGCCCUCACGCUGUUUGCGACGGGCGACAAGGAUGGGUACAACCGCACGGAUGUGAAGAUCACAUACGUCCUCCUGUGCCUCACCGCCGCGCUGGAUGUUUUUGCGGUGUUCAUCCGCCAGCUACUGCACCGGGCCAUGUCUGCAAAGAGUGUCCCGUCCUUGUGCGAGAUGGUACCACGCUACAACCUCGUGGACGCGGUUCUCCGGCGGAGGCAUAAGGUUGGGUGGCUGGUCAAGUGCGCUGCCCGCAUGGGCUGCAAGGAGUACUUCGAGUGCCAAGGCGUCCGUCAAGACUACAGAUUGUACAAGAAUGUGUUGGAGAUGGUCCUUGCAGAUCUGGUGGAUGCACAGGGCCGCGACCUUGCCAAUUACAGGGUCUUCACGGUGCAAGACGAAUCAGGCACCGCUGUGCUGCCGGCGGAGGAUGUUGGGGCAGGUGCCGAGAUAAUGCAGCAGAGAAGCCCGGGAGCGGCCAACUGGGCUCUAAGUGAGGAGCUGCAGAAGGUGUGCGGCCCCAAGGUACGGGGAGCCCUGCGCGGGUCGUUCGACAGGAGCGUCCUCGUUUGGCACAUCGCCACUGACCUCUGCUUCCGCAUGGAAGGUCCUCCUCCCGCCGACGGCGAGGGAGACUCACACUGGCUUCGCAUCAAGUGCACAGAAGCAAUAUCCAGCUACAUGGCUCGGCUGCUUAAUUUCCACCCGGACAUGCUGCUCACCGGCAGCAGGCAGUACCUGGUCAGUGAAGCCAAGGAUGAAUUCGAGUUCUUGUUGGACCGCGCCAUGGUAGGUAACAGAGGCAAGCUGCUCAGUAAAGAGGACCUGACCAAGAUCAUCGACGACGGGCUGCUGAAAGGGGAACAUUUCCACAUCCCCAAUGCAUGCAGUCUUGCAAAGGAGCUGCUGAAAAUUGAACCGCCGUCCACGCGCUGGAGGGUGAUGUACCGGGUGUGGCUGGGCAUGCUCUUCUACUCCGCCAGCAUGUGCAGGGGCUACCUGCACGCUAAGAGCUUGGGUGAAGGUGGUGAGUUUCUCUCCUACGUCUGGCUCGUCCUCUCGCUCAAGGGUGCCAAGACCCUGGCCGACAAGCUUCAGAUGCUGGAGGGAGACGACGAGGAAUCAACACUGGCCGACAAGCCUCAGAUUCCGGAGGGAUCGGAGACGACCAGGAACCAACACCCUGGUGGAAACCCGCCAGUAUUUGGUUAGGAAAUCAUCCGUCUAUGAUGCUUCAAUUCGACCACCGAUGCCAUGAUUUUACAUAUCAAUUCUACUGUUUGAUUGUUUUUUUGUCUAAUUUCUAGCUAGCGUUCUCCGAUCCAACUACUGGCCGGUUUGUUUGCUGCCUUCCUUGCCUGGGCGUUCGCCCAGGGCUUAAUUGAUUCAGUUUGUUUCAUUUUUUGUCUUUGUGCGAUGAGUAAAAUGCAGCGUAAUAGUGACCGUAUAAUCAGCACAACAUGUAUGUAGUGAUCGUAUUCUUGAGUACAGUGAUGAAAGUGAGCGUACACGACA